AUGCAUUUCGAAAACAGUACAAACUCCAUAUUCUCCACCUUCCUGGUGACAGGCAUACCUGGGCUGGAGGCUGUGUACAUCUGGAUCUCCAUUCCCUUUUCUGUCAUGUUCUUCAUUACGUUGGUGGGCAACAUGACCAUCAUUGCAAUUAUCUGGCGAGAACAGACCCUCCACGUGCCUAUGUACCUCUUCUUGGCCAUGCUGGCAGCCUCUGAUCUGGGCCUGUCCCUCUUCACCUUCCCCACAAUGCUGAGGAUCUUCUGGCUGGAUGCUCGCGAGAUCACCUUCUCAGCUUGCUUUACCCAAAUGUUUUUUAUCCACACCUUCCAGGAUUUUGAGUCAGCUGUCAUACUGGCAAUGGCUUUUGAUCGCUAUGUGGCCAUUUCUUAUCCACUACACUAUUCUUCCACCCUUACCCAUAGUGUAAUUGCCAAGAUAGGUCUGGCCAUUGCUGUGCGAACCUUCACUAUCCAGGUACCUCUUCCUAUCCUCUUGAGAAGGCUGUGUUUUUGUCGCUCCAAUGUACUUUCUCACUCGUACUGUCUGCAUCCUGAUAUCCUAAGGCUCUCCUGCUCCAACACAAGAAUAAAUAGCAUAUUUGGACUCUUUGUGCUGCUAUCCACUAUGGGGCUUGAUUUUCUCCUCAUUCUUUUUUCAUACAUUCUGAUCCUAAAAACAGUACUAAGCAUUGCAUCCCACGGUGGCCGCCUCAAGGCUCUCAACACCUGUAUUUCUCACCUCUGUGCUGUGAUCCUCUUCUUCACACCCAUGAUCUGCCUGUCUAUACUGCACCGCUUCGGCCCAAAACUUCCCUCACACAUUUACGUGACCCUGGCCAACAUGCACUUUCUCAUUCCUCCUGUGAUGAACCCCAUUGUGUAUGUGGUGAAAACCAAGCCAAUACAAGAUAAAAUCCUGAAACUCUUUAUCAAAAAAGAAUCAGGAAAAUCCAAAAUCACAUUUGUAAAAUGA